AAAAGCCUAUUAAACAUCAAAUUAGGUUAUGAUUUUACAAAUUAAGAACCAAAACAUCAUGUUAUACAACAAAUUAGACAGAAAAAGUAGUUCAAUGUGCAGUAAUGCUAUGUAGUAAUUACUGUAUUUACAAAUUUAGCACCAAAAUAUCACAAUGUAUUGAAAACAUUGACUACAAAAAUGCGUUGGAUAAUCCAGAACGUUGGAUAAGCGAGUGUUGGAUAAGUGAGACUCUAUUGUAUUAUUGUUUUAAUCAGAAAUAUUUAACAUGCUUAUUCAUGGUUCAAUUUUGUUCUAAACGUAGAAGGAAACACCUUAGAUGGGAGGGGGAAUGGAAGCAAUGACUUGUGAUCAGUUGAGUUGGACUCCUGGGAGUAAAAUCUCAGGAAGCCAAAUCAGCCUUAAAUGAUGCUCUUUCUUGGCACCUUGCAAAGCAAGCAAAGCAAAGCAGAGAUUCUUCGCAUUUCAUGUGGCUCAAAAUGUUUCAAGGAAAAGAUGAAUGACCUCACCUACCAAUGUGUCCGGGUAAGUUUGAUUUUGAUGUAUUCUUUGCUACUUUCUAUUUGUCUGCCUGAUAGUUUUCCAUCCAUCCAUCCAUCCAUCCAUCCAUCCAUCCAUCCAUCCAUCCAUCCAUCCACCCACCCAUCAUAUCUAUUAUAAGGAAAUAAUAGAUUGCUUUUCUGAUUCCCUCCUGCAGUGGCACAAAUAGAAUAACACUAGGAUUUUGUUUUUCUGUUUGUUAAAAUAUUUUCAUAUGCACUCUUAUAUGCUGAAAACAUUAAAAUGAAGAGAGAUAUAUCAUCUUUUUGCUAUGUGGUUUAAAUAUUCCGUGGCCCUUUUGUAUUUUCUAAACCAAGAUAUAGAUAUCAUUGUAAUCAGUCAAUUUUCACAUAAUGGACUGUCCAUUUAGUGGGGAAAUGUAUAUAUUGUCUGAUAAUAGAAGAAUGGGAAUAAAUCAGAUUGCAACUCAUCUCCCCUUACUUUUAUGUAUUGGCUAAUUUUUCUUCACUAUCAAAACAAAGCAGGAAAUUUGGUCACAUUCUUUUAGCAGCCUACUAAACAAUGACCUAGAGCAGUGGUUCUCAACCUUUGGGUCCCCAGGUGUUUUGGCCUACAACGUGCAGAAAUCCCAGCCAGUUCACCAGCUGUUAGGAUUUCUGGGAGUUGUAUGUCAAAACACCUGGCAACCGACAGGUUGAGAACCACUGACCUAGAAGGUUAUCUAUAUCUAACAAUGGCAUUUGCUAUUUGUUGAACUUCAAACAAAACAAAUAUACACUAGAUUAGUAUUCUUCAUGCACUAUUGAAGGUAUGUUGAUAGCAUGAAAUCAUUCCAACACAAAGCACCAAAAUACUUUCUGAGUUCCCACCCCUAAUAUUAAACGUAUGUAAUCCUAUAUUGUGACAGAAGUUAUUGGCAAGCAACAGCUGCAUCUUUUGUGCCCAAGAAAACCAGAGUAUAUCCACGAAUCUAGAAGUGAUUUUAUGUCACAUAGCCUUACAAUCCAGGCUAGAGAUUUCUUAGAUGUAAACAUUAGAGAUAUGUCUGUUCUGGUUGUGGCUGGAGUCCACCUGUAAUCUUGGUUCAUAUUGUAUGUGGUUGCUAUAGGAAUUACAACACAGGACUAUGGUCAUAACAUUUGUUAGAAAAUUAACAUAAAAUCAUUACCCAAAUGAAGUAGCAAAAAUAUCACUCUCCAAGAAAAAAGAGUUUAUUAAAAUUGAAAUGGCUAAUAUUCCAAAGUAGUAGUUUAACUAUUUUUUAAAUCCUCAUCCUACAGGAAAUAUCAAGAUACCGAAAACAGCAUGAGUAACUUUACUUCCACAUCCUCUUUUCUGUUGCUGGAAUUCUCAGAUAUGAGAGAACUACAAAUCUUAUCCUUUUUUGUCUUCCUAGCAUUCUACCUGACUGCAUUAAUAGGCAAUCUUCUCAUUAUCACUGUAGUUGCAGUUGAUUCCCACCUUCACACUCCCAUGUACUAUCUCCUAUUUAAUUUGGCCAUGUUGGACAUUGGAUCAAUUUCUGUCAUGGUGCCCAAGGCCAUGGCUAUGUCUCUUAAGAAUGAUAGGUCAAUUACUUAUGCUGGCUGUGUUGCUCAGGUUUUCUUUUAUAUUUUCUUUGGAGCCUCAGGUUAUAGUGUCCUAACUAUUAUGGCUCACGAUCGCUAUGUUGCAAUCUGCCACCCUCUCCACUAUGAGAGAAUCAUGCACAAAGGAGCCUGCCUACAGAUGGUAGCCACUGGGCUGAUUGCUAGUCUUAUUUAUGCCAUAUUACACACUGGUUGUACUUUUGCAAAUACUUUCUGUUCCAAUAUUGUCAAUCAGUUCUUCUGUGAAAUUCCACAAUUAAUAAAGUUGUCCUGCUCAGGCCUUUCUUUAAUGGAAACUGGGGUUCUUAUCCUGUCAUUUAGUAUAGCAUUAGGGUGCCUUAUCUUCAUCAUCAGAUCAUAUGUACAGGUCUUUGUUGUUGUGCUUCGAAUUCCUUCUUCACAAGGUCAGAAGAAAGCCCUCUCCACUUGUGUUCCCCACCUCACAGUUGUCACAAUGUUUGUAGCCAGUGGGGUCCUCGCCUACGCAAGGUCUAUUGCUGACUCUUCUAAUUUGGAUACAGUUUUGGCCAUGAUAUAUACCAUAAUUCCUCCUAUGUCAAAUCCAUUCAUCUAUAGUGUUAGAAACAAAGAGGUCAAGACUGUUUUAAGAAAUCUGUUACAUGCUGCCUUUUCCUUUUAAAACAUAGUUAAAGUUGUUACUUGAGAAUUGAGUUGCAUGAUCUUUCAGAUCUUAAUAUUUCCCUCUGAACCUUUAACCCUACACUUCUCAUGUACUUUGUCCUCUCACACAGGUUGGGGUCUACUUUUUUCUUUUGUGUCAUUUCUUUGAGCCUUAUUUAUCAGAAAGAAUAUAAUUUGAUAGAACGUUUUCACCCAGAGAUAGUAAAUACUGUUGGUUGCUUGUAUAUUCCCAGGUCUUCCUUGAUUUUCUAUAAACAGCCUGGGGUCAACAGGAGUGGCUACUCCUUGCGGUCCCAGCAUAUGGCUACUCAGUGCUUGUAGAAGUGUGCCC